AUGGGGAUUUCACAAUCCGCAUCAAAGCGAGUGACCGGCACGUUAACCAACUCGUCCGAGUUCAACUCAGCAUGCGACUCAGCCUACACCCACUGCCUAUCCCUAGCUGAACAAGCCUUCCCCGGAGUCCUCCCUUACCAGCUCUUAACAGCCUCCACCCAACUCCAUCAAACCCUCACUUCCCUCCACCCCCACCCUCUUAUUCUACGCUGGGUCCCUUGCCCUCCCACUCGCUCCCAAGUCGACUCAGCCUUCCGAGUCAUAACUGGCCAUCAACAUAAUCCCCGGAACGAUGAAGAAGAGCUGGUCCUCGGCUCGACCCAGUUCAGGGAAUGGGCAGUGGUGUUAUUCGCCGAUGACAUAGUGGGAACGCCGGCGAGGCAGUUUUGA